AUCGGACUUGCUCUUGUAUCUAGGAUUUUCUUCUUUAAUUAUUUUCAAUAAUAUUUUGACGAAAAUAAAAUAAAAAUCUAAUUUUAUUGAUUUAAAGUCUUUGGCACAAAAUGAUUCAUUUAACCGGUCAAAGCUACAAUGCCCGAGAAAUCAUACAAAAUAUCUUCUCUCCCUUGGUUGGAGUAGUUACAAGUCCCAUGGCCGAUGAAAUCUGCCACAAAAACAAUUUAUCAUUUGUCGAGAUGUUGCAACCUUUUGCCAAACUUCCAAAUGAUGCUCACUUCCGUGAUAGCACCGGAACGAGUGUGUCAAUCAAGGGACUCCGCUUGAACAUUUGUGACAUCAACUGGAGACCACCGCAGACAAUUUUAGCUCGCAAAAUGAUGAACGAAGCAGUCACCAAUGGAGUCAGUGAUAAAAUGAAAUUCAUAACUAUUGGUGGUAACAUGGAACUAGAGGUUCCAAUUGCAGAACCUUGGUUCGAUAAUUGGCGUGAAACUUUCCUUACUGUCCAAUUCCCUGCCGAUCAUGAAUUCACUCGUCAUUUCUUGAGUUGUCUCAUUGUUCUGUCGAGUGCCGAUCCAAAUGUUGUGGAAACAGCUCAAAAACUGACGCACUGUGUCCAAAUCAUGCAAAAUGUUACCCCCCAAAAACUUCCCAAGUGGUUCCAACCGAAUGAUGUUCUCAACAGUUACAUUGUUUUGCAUGAGGGUUCAUCAGGGGAUCUUUCUAAAGCUCAACAAAGCUAUGAACUGCUAAAAGCUACCUUCGGAGAUAACAGAUGCUUUCUCAUUCAAGUAAAUUCACUCAGUGUUGGAGCCGCUAGUGAUAUUCCAGACUAUUGGGCUUCUUAUAUCCGAAGGCCUCCAAAAUCUGAUCUACUAGCGGAUCAAGGAAGUGCCCCCAAAACACCCCAGGACUCGGUAUCGGUGAUAUCAAUGCCUUCAAUGCAGCUGGCCAAUGCCGAAGGAAGCGACAAUGAAUCAUUCCUUCAUCCACUAAGUCCCAUUCAAGAACAGGCCACAGAAGCCAUUCACUCAAAGUUCUCUAUCAGCAGUGAGAGCAUUGUAUCCCAGACAAUCAAUCCAAAUGUCUGGGCAGGAGAAACGGACGCUGAUGCAACACACGGGUCAUAUCUAAAUGCCAUGGAUGUGGAGAAUCUUCGUCACUUUGUUCAGGACUACACAGUCCGGGCAUUGAUUCCCUACGUUGAACGUUUGGUUGUGGUUCUCAAUGAAGCAGUUACAACCAAGAAAGGUGUCAGCAAAUCAUUAUUAAGUGCCACGAAACGUUGGUUUGUGACAAGUAAGCCUGGAGCAGGUGCCAGCAAUCAAAAUGCUGUGAUAUAUACAAGUGAAUCUGUUGAGUUGCAGACACGGAAACUUGGAGACUUAUAUUUUAUGUUUGGACACUACAAUUUGGCAUUCCAGGCCUACCAUCAAGCCAAACGUGAUUUCAACGCCGAUUCUGCCUGGCAGUACUACGCAGGAGCUCUGGAAAUGGCAGCUGUAUCGGCUUUUAUGUUAGGCACUGCCAAUCGGAAGACCUACGACUACAUGGAAGAUGCUAUAGUUUGCUAUCUCACAGUUUGCAAACUUCAGCAAUUUGCAACUCGAGCCACUCUUCUAAGCAUUGAAUGCUUGAAAACAGCUCGUCUCUAUGGAGAAGCAGCUAAGCAAUUAAUUCGCAUGACAAGUGAAGAAUCUGAUCUAAGGUCAGCUCUGCUCCUCGAACAAGCUGCUUAUUGCUUUCUAGCCUCCCAACCGGCCUUACAUCGAAAAUAUGCUUUUCACAUAGUACUCUCGGGGAAUCGUUAUUCGCGAGCUGGUCAGCGUAAGCAUGCAUUCCGGUGCUAUAAACAAGCCUAUCAAGUCUUCCAGGAGCGAGGCUGGUCGCUUGCCGAAGACCAUAUUCAAUAUACAAUCGGAAAGCAGGCGUACACUUUGAAGAAACUCGACGAAGCUAGUAAAUCAUUUGCCCAUCUGCUGAGACCAACAAGUUUGCAGAAUACUCAACAACAGGCGACAUUCCUCAAGGAAUACAUUCAAACCCAAAAGGAACUCCUUCAAAAAAGUCCUGAAUUGGGACUUUUGGAAAUAGCUUUACCCAAAGUUGAACAAACAUCGAUAAGAGUGCUGGUUACAGCUCAGCCGCCGGCAGCUAAUCCCCUCUAUGUGGCUGCGUCAAAUAUAAGCAUUCAGUCAAAUCUCAGUGAUGAAUCAACAUGGCAGAAAAUCGAAGAAAUGAUCGCCACCACAGCUUCUAAUAAACCAAUGGUGUUCAAGCCGACGAAAACCCUCUUCACGCACGAGAAUCCCUCGGUGGACUAUCCUCUGGCUGUUCAUGGAGAACCUAUUGAAGUUGCUGUGACAAUUUCCAAUGCCAUCAAGACAAGUGUGACUCUUGCUGACAUCGAUAUCCUUUGGAAAUUGAGAUUGGAGAAUGAAGAGACUUUGUCAAAUCUCAGUCUUUAUGCCGAAGGUGGUUAUAAAGAUAAAACAGCUAUUAAUGCGGCUAUCAUAACCGCUUGUAGCCAAGAAAUAGUCCUUGAGGAACAGGAACAAAAGGUGCUCUAUUUCAAGAUGACUCCCAAACUCACAGGUCAGCUGAACAUCAUUGGGAUUGUGGGACGUGUCUCGGCGACAGCCGAACCCAACAGUCUUCUCGGAUGUCUUCACUUUGAAACGCAACAAAUCAAAACUAGUGGCAAACAAUCGAAUGCCACUUUGUUCGACAAUAAGUUGGCUGUGAAAAUCCUUCCUCCAGCACCAUCGCUGAGUGUGAGUUUCUCUACUACGCCCACUGAUAUUCUUGUUGGGGAGAUAAUUCCGGUGAUGAUCUCGUUGCGCAACACCGGAAUCAUGCCAAUCGAUGAUGUUUUUGUUGGUUGCGAGUGUCCCCGGUGGAUAACGUUGCUGGACAAGGAAGCCGAUGUUCCUUUGUCAAUUCUUAGAGAUUUCAAAGACUUGAACAACGAAGCUCUGAGCAAAGACCGUGAAAUUCGCAAACAACACGUUUUCCGUGUUCUCAAACGUAGCGACGGUCAAUCGCUUAAAGCCCAAGAAGCCACCACCAUACCAAUGUGGAUUCAAGCUCCCUACCAAAAGGGUGAAUUCACAUUGCGAUUGAUAUUCUACUAUACAAUGCCACAAAAUUAUCCCGGAAUUAAAUAUCGGCUGGUGCGGCAUGAAUGGAAAUUCAUGGUACACGAAUGUCUACAAACCGAGGUGAAUUGUGUGGUGAGUAAUUUGAUAACAAGCGAAUUGGGCCUGGAUGUGGAAUUCAAGAAUCUAAAUCAAACACACCAUCCACUGAUGACGGAGUUGUAUAUCAAUUCGGUGGAUAUGUAUUGUCCGCAAUAUAAAUUGAAUAAGAGUCAUCUAUAUUUUAUGAAUCAAAUGGAGAUUACGCCAGGACAAUUGGGAGAUAAAUGUCUCAAAGCAGCCAAAUCAGCGAGCAUACAAUGUCGCCUAGCCCUCUCGGAGAUCUCAUCUGAAAAACCCACAACAACAACUGACUUCAUAACCCAACGCCUAUCAACUGUCCCAAUUAUGCAAGCUGACAUCAAAGACAAUCACAUUCCAACAUUCGAUAAACUUUAUAGUUUUCUAAUGAAACACGAAACUAAAUUUCUCAAUCCCUUCAAUUCGAGCAUAAACACCGAAGAAUUCAAUAAUAUCCUGUCGACCAGUGAUCCUCACAUUACGACUUCCAUAACUUGGAGUGCCGUUGUGGUUGAUUGUAAUUCAACCCAACGAAUAGCUCAUGGUCAACAUUUUGUACAACUGAGGAAUCUAUACGAACAAGUAUCGUGUCCUGAGACGGCUGAUUAUCGAAUUAAGACUUAUUUGGGUGAUACUUCAGCUUACAGGAAGAUACAUGAGUUCGAGGGGAUUUCCUAUGAAAACAAUUGCAAUGGCAAUGAAGACGAUGAAGAUCAAUGGGAGUUUAAUAAUAAUUUUGUUGGGAAGCGAUGUUUGCUGCAGGAUGAGACGUAUAUUCCAUCUACAACGUCCUCUGCUGCCGCCGUUAAGGCAUAGUUGAUGAGAUCUGAUAAAGAUUUGGAAGGACAAAUCAACACACGCAUAUAAACACAUUUAAUGUUAUUUAUUAGGAUAGUUGAAAUAUAGAAUAUCGUAAAUAUAGAUUAAAGUAAAUAAAUAAAAUAAAUUCAAUAAUGUUUUUUAAUCACAACUCGUCCUAUAAGAUUAAGAAAGUGCUUCGAGGUAUUACAUAACAAAAGAGCUCCAAAAACUCUGCCUAAAUGUCUCCAACAGAAACCAUUACGUUGAAACUAAAUAAUUAAAUUUUUCUCAAUACGAUUGACACACACAUUUUUUUGUUUUAUUGAUCAAAGAAGAUGAAUGAAAUAUACAAUAAUCAUAAUAAUAAAGUUUAGAAAAAGAAA